AUGCCAGAACCGGUUCCACCCACUCCAUUGGGGCAGCUUCCCGUUGCAUCAAACGCCAUUUUGGGGCUGCCGCCCAAGGCGCCUGCGCCACCUAAUGUACCUCUAAGAAAGUCUGAGAGAAGCUUUGGGGCGACUGAUUCGCAUACAAGUCCUGACCACGCAUACUUGCUCGCAAACAAAUGGUUGAACGCCAGCAAAUUAUCUGAGCUUGUCGCAAAUCAAGGUCUUGUAUACAAAAAGGGGAAGUUUUCAACUAUCGAGGAUCGACAGCUAGAAGCCGCCAUAGAACACUACAAAGUCUCUAAACAAGUAACGGAUGAACAAAUACAAGAACUCGUCUUCCCACAGAAUGAGAAAAACAAGGAUAAUGCGUUCUGGUCGGAACUAACAUCGGCUGUUGCACAGCGCCCCAUCAUUGCCGUAUAUCAUCAUGUUCGCAGGAUGCGACAUCCAAACAGAUUGCAAGGACCUUGGAAAAGGGAUGAGAAUGAUCGACUUAAACAAGCUGUGGCAGAUCUUGGCCAACAAUGGGAGAAGGUAGCUGACCGCGUUGGAAGGCCAUCUUCAGAUUGCCGCGAUCGUUACAGAAACCAUAUUCUCAAUCGAGACAUUCGCGUUUCUGGGCAUUGGUCCAAGGAGGAGGAGGAUAAACUCACACGCAUAGUCACGGACAUGACCAUUAACCAAGGAAAAGAUGCCGACAAUGAUGUGUUUUGGGGGCGCGUUAGUGAGCUCAUGGGUGGGACACGGGGCCGGCAACAAUGUAGGAUUAAAUGGACGGAUGCCUUGAACAAAACCAUCAAGAAUCGAGGGCAAAAACCGAGAUGGAGCCAACAAGACGCCUUCAUCCUCGUUCACAAAGUUGACUCUCUCAAUGUUCGAGAUGACACUGAAAUUGACUGGAAAACGAUUCCAGACCCAGAUUGGAAUCUUUGGAGUGCACACACGUUGCAACGCAGGUGGAUGACAAUGAAAAAAGCGAUCAAAGGAUGGUACGACAUGAGGCAUGAAGAAAUCAUGGAUAUCUUGCGAGAGAAGAAGGCCCAGUUACCACCCGUUGCGCCUGCCCCAGUUACCCGAAAACGGAAAGAGCGGAAAGUGACAAGCGCUGCAGAUAUUAUUGAGACUGAUGUCAGAACGGCUGGGUCAAGCACGGGUCCUGGGACAUUGGCUGCCAAUGAGGACUCUGAAUCUUCCUCAGAUGAGUCGACCGACUCGGAAUGA